GAUAUUAAUGAAUGUUUGACCAACCCAUGUGGAAAUAACGCUGCGUGUUUCAACACACCUGGUAGCUUCCGAUGUCAAUGUGCUCCGGGCUACACAGCCAGACCUUCCGGAUGUAUUGGUAAGAAAACAACUUUUUGGAUGCUUAUGUAACGAUAUGACAGAAACAGUAUAGCUGAAGUUCACCAAGCACUAUCAGAUAGUGCUCAAUACUAGAUUCCCCUUAUUACGUUUUCGUAGCGCUUUGCAUUGUGGUUAUGGUGGUAUCACUGAUAUUCAAGAUGGCUUAUUUUUUAUCCUGACCCGUGCAAGAACUUUUAAAAAAAGCUAGGGUCAGGGCGCGAUAGCCAACAGAAAAAUAUUCGCGAAAACAUUCAAUAUUUUCAUUCGAGGCCGCUAUCUUUAUCAGUGAUACCACUAUAACGACAAUGUAAAGCGCUACGAAAACGUAAUAAGGGGAAUCAUCAGUUGACAGUUUUAGAACGAUAAAAUACUUAAUUGACAGUUAUUAGAACGUUUCUUUUUGUAAUUUUAAAAAAUAUUUCAACACAUCAUUGUUUUUUCUAGUGCAUGCAUGUCAAAACUAUCUGAAAUUGACAUGCUGGCCCAUACCGCAUACUAAAACAAACCAAUACUGUAGUUAUUAAGCAAUGACAUCAAUUUUGAAGACAAAGAUGGGCAAUUAUAAAUUAACAUAAUCAGGGCCGUACAUUGCGUAAUCCCCCCCGAGAAAACUAUAUUUAUGAUUUUUAGAAUGACAUUGCUUAUUCUUUGGGUUUUUGGGACUUUUUUCGGCAUAUAGGCCUUACUGCCCCCCCCCCUGGUGAAAAAAUCCUGCGUACGGCCCUGAGCAUAAUGAAAAUUACAGUUCAUAUUUAUACGUCUACUGUUUCUAUCCAAGAAAAUUCGAUCAAAUUGUUCGGAAUAUAGACAAAUAUUUAGCUCCUUCAGCUAGUCUUACCCCAAGGCCGAAUCAUGCUCUUGUACCCGAGUUAUAAUAUGAGCAUGGGGACAAUCAGUGUACGACAGACUAAGAAUUGUUUUUUCUUUGUUUAUUACUAGGGUUGGGCGAUAUUAAAAAAAUCAUCUCACGAUUGUCGUGGAAAUUAACACCAUAUUCGAUAAUAUCGCGAUAAAUGCAAUAAAAACAAUGACCACAUUUUUCAAUUUUAAUUAAUAUCAAAGCAUAUCAAAGCAUAGUAUGCCGUGGGCACACAGCGCAAGCAAAGCCUGCAAUUUCAUUGUUCAGUGGCUUACUAACUUACCAAGGCUUACUAACUUACCAAUGAUUACUAACUUACCAAUGAUUACUAGAUUACCAAGGAUUACUAGAUUAUCAACUGUAGGAUUAAUUACUAGUUUACUCCAAGGAGUACUAGAUUACCAAGGCUUAGGCCCGGUUUAGACGGCGAACUUUUCAUGCGCCGAAUCUAAUGUAAUGUUUAAGUGCGACGCUGGAGCGGCGUCUAAAUCAAUUAAGUUCGGCAGAUUUUGAUUAAGUUCGACACGACUCGAAGAUGCGACAAGACAAGUCGUAUAUGCGACACAGGUUCGACAUUGAUUUAGACGCCGUGCUUUUCAUGCGCCGAACCUAAUGCAUAAUUAUUUUUUAACAUCAUAACAUGAUUUAUCAUAUAUUUGCAUUGUAAAUAUGUCCAAUAUAGUGUCCUCGCAAUUUGGUACGGCACAAUUAAGUUCGACGUCUAAAUCAGUUUCCAAUAUUUUGCCGUAUCUACGACAAUUAGAUUCGGCGCAUGAAAAGUUCGGCGUCUAAACCGGGCCUUAAUAACUUACCAAUGAUUAAUAGUUUACCAAGGAUUACUAACUUACCAAGGCUUUUAUAACUAACUUACCAAGGAUUGACUAGAUUAUCAAGGAUUAAUUACUAGUUUACCAAGGAGUACUAGAUUACCAGUAUAAGUAUAGGCUAGAUUACGAUGUAUAAAAGUUAGAAUGGUAUAUUGAUGACCGUAACACCAAGGCUUAACCAAUAUAUCGUAUUAAAUUUGUAUUUAAUUCAGGAAAUAGUUCUAAUUCUUUUAAAAACUAUAUUUUCUAGGAAUUGAAGGAAUUUUUUAGGAUUUUUAUUAAAGCUAUGUACACAUGCGAAGCAAUAUCACGAUAGUUUUCUUAUAGUUUCUUAUCUUUAUUAACGAUUUACCCAGUUACGUUGGAAGUUCUAAGCCUUUUUUAUUUGCCGAUGACUCUACACUAAUAUCCUCAGGAUCGGACCUUCACGAACUUAGUGUCUCUCUAAAGUCAGAUAUGACCUCAGUGUCCCGUUGGACUAACCAUAACAAAAUGUCUCUUAAUCCUGGCAAGACAAAAAUAAUGAAAAUAUAUUCCCAAUCAUUCCCUGAUCUUAGUCCAAUAACCAUUGAAGUCAAUAACAAUAAUGUUAAGGAGAUUACAUCCGCCAUUUUACUUGGAGUUACAUUAGACCAACAUCUGAAAUGGGAUAGGCAAAUUAAUACCAUCUACAAUAUAAUCAAUUCUAGACUUUACCUGCUCAAACGUAUACGUAGCUAUCUCACUUUUCAAUCCCGUAUUCAAUUAUAUUACGCACAACAACAAUAUCGCCCAACCCUAUUUAUUACUAAUCCGCGCAUAUUUUGGUCGUAUUUCAGAUAUCAACGAAUGCGAUCUAAAUCCAUGUGAUUCCAAUGCUCAGUGUACGAAUACUGAAGGCUCAUUCGUCUGUACUUGUAACACUGGAUACUCAGGAACCGGGCUUGUCUGCGCAGGUAUUUGAAUUUAUUAAGACUGACGGGUUUCGAUAUACGUAUGACUAACGUCACAAUAUCCAUCCUAUAUACCCCCACUCACAAUAAUGGUGCCGGAAAAUAAGAGUAUUUUACAACGGAAUCAUUUUCCUUAGUGACGUCAAAAAGUAGCGACACAAGCUACAUCUUGUUUUGUUGUUAAGUAAUAUUUCAAACCCGACUAUGAGGACUGGACUAGAUUUCAAGUCCGCACAAUUUAAUCGAAGUCCGAAUUGGAGGAUUUGAAAUGACAUCUCAUACGAAUAAAUCACUACUUAAAGUGAGGUGAAUUAAUUACAUAAUCACAUAAAUCACUACUUAAAGUGAGGUGAAUUAAUUUGAGGAUUUGAAAUGACAUCUCAUACGAAUAAAUCACUACUUAAAGUGAGGUGAAUUAAUUACAUAAUCACAUAAAUCACUACUUAAAGUGAGGUGAAUUAAUUUGAGGAUUUGAAAUGACAUCUCAUACGAAUAAAUCACUACUUAAAGUGAGGUGAAUUAAUUGGAGGAUUUGAAAUGACAUCUCAUACGAAUAAAUCACUACUUAAAGUGAGGUGAAUUAAUUUGAGGAUUUGAAAUGACAUCUCAUACGAAUAAAUCACUACUUAAAGUGAGGUGAAUUAAUUACAUAAUCACAUAAAUCACUACUUAAAGUGAGGUGAAUUAAUUUGAGGAUUUGAAAUGACAUCUCAUACGAAUAAAUCACUACUUAAAGUGAGGUGAAUUAAUUACAUAAUCACAUAAAUCACUACUUAAAGUGAGGUGAAUUAAUUGGAGGAUUUGAAAUGACAUCUCAUACGAAUAAAUCACUACUUAAAGUGAGGUGAAUUAAUUACAUAAUCACAUAAAUCACUACUUAAAGUGAGGUGAAUUAAUUUCGAUCCAGUCCAAGGACUGAAUUAAUUUCAAUGCAAUAUUGUUGAUCUAACAGCGUUACACGAUGUUGUUGGAUAAAAGUUUUGAACGAAGUCAAACGUAGAAAAUUCAAAACUUUGUAACGAAAUGCUGUUGUGUUUUUAGACAUUAAUGAAUGUCUCAAUAGCCCGUGUCACACUAACGGAUUAUGCACAAACAUACCUGGAUCAUUCCAGUGUUCUUGUCAGGUCGGAUUUACUGGAGAUGGUUUCUUCUGUGGAGGUAGGUUGAUAUGAUAUCCUCCUUACUCUCUAUAACAUUCUUGCACAAAGGUUUCUCCAUUACUGUAAUGAUAGCUGUGUAGCAGACUCGUAGGCCUACAAGGAGUUAUAUUGCUCGCGUUACUGCUCGCCAUCAUUAUCAAAUACCCGUUUGGAUAUAGAACUGUUACAGCCCUUUUUGUCUGUGGAAACACCAUGUAAAUUUAUUACAGCAAAGCUUUCGAUCCGUAAGCCUGCAUCUUCAUCAGUGCUAAUUGUUAAAUUUACGUGGUGUUUCCACAGACAAAAAAGUAUUAUAUGUUUUAUCGCCAUGUAAUCGUACAAAGAACUUGUUACAGCCCUGUAGCAGAUUUGUUACAUUGUCUAUCCAUCAAUGUGAUAUCAGGAUAUGUUAUACUGCCUCCUCCAACUUUUCGACAAGUUCUCAGGAUUCAUCUAACUGUCAGUGAUGUUCAUAUAUUUACAUAUUACCAUUUAUAUAUUUUACAUGGUGUAUUUUACAUGGAAUAUUUUCUAUGUAUUGCAAACAUUGAAAGGUGUUUAAAAGUAUUCAACUACUUGCAUGAUGGAAUAAGAUUAUUUUGCUACCUUUUAUUGGCAAGCUUCUUAUAUUUUAUCUACUCUUCUUGUUGAGAGUGUGCACAUAAGAGUUUUCAUAUAUUUUAUUACAAACUGAAAACCUUUCCCGUAAGCGGAUUAUAUUCAGAUGUGGACAGGAAUGCAAGUAUAAUAGUGUAGUGUUAUAGAGCAAUAGAAUUAAAGAUGAUUGUUCAAUUAACAAUGAUUGUUCAAUUAACAAUGAUGCAUAAUUAUUAGUAUUGUAGGUGAAAUGAAACACACUGUUUGUAUUUUUGUUCAGAUAUUAACGAAUGCUUAACAAAUCCAUGUCAUUCUGCGGCGACUUGUACGAACACUGAAGGAUCUUACACAUGUGCCUGUAAUACAGGUUAUACAGGAGAUGGAUUACUUUGUAGAGGUAUGAUAAUUGUCUAUUUUAUUGUUUCAAUGUUGACUGAAUGUCAGCUCACCUGGUCAUUGAUAGAGAAUCUGUACUGCACUUUCUUUAAGAUUCAAGCCAUGUGUUGUUGAAUAUUGCAAACGUCUGAUAAUUAUAUCAAAUAGGAAUUAAAGCGCGUAUAAAGUGUAUAGUUGUCAUUUACAUGCACGUUGUUCAUACAGUAGAUAUACCCAACAAUUACUUCAAAACAGAACCUAUUGUAAACACAACUUUUCUGGCUCAUAUACAUGCAACCAUCAUUCUUGGCCCCAUACCGCAUGUAAGCAGAGAAUUCGGAUUAUAAUUAACAGAAAAUAAUGGUGGAAUUUAAAAUAUUAUAAUUAUUUUCCAGACAUCAAUGAAUGUGCUAGCAGACCAUGUGAUGCACGUUAUGGAGUAUGUAACAAUAUACCUGGAUCGUUUACAUGCGCAUGUAUUACAGGAUUCUUUGGUGAUGGAUUUACUUGCACAGGUAAGGAGUUAUUUUAUAGUUUGCACAGUUUCCAUUGUAUACAUGAAUAGUGUGAUGAAACGUCAUAGAUAGACCACGAGUUAUCCACCUGUUUGGAAUUUGCAAUCACAAACACAAGUCGAGGAUUGUUUCGAGUUAUGACAUUCAUGACAAUGUUCAUGUUUAUCGACUAUUUUGAAGAUAUAAGCUGUUUUAGCUAGAAAAUUGAACGAAAAGCCUGUACUAAUGAAGACGAAAUCUGUUUCAGAUUUACAGACAUUAGUUAUAAAUAUUAAUUUAUUUUUAAUAUUCCUGCCGAAUGAGUUUGAUAAAGUAAAUGCUGUAUAGUGUUUUCUUAAAACUUUGAUUAAAUAUAACUUUUUCUGCAGACAUCAACGAGUGCACUGCUAAUAGGCCGUGUCAUGAACGUGCUACUUGUAAUAACACUGUUGGAUCUUACUUCUGUACCUGUUUACCUGGAUGGAGAGGCGAUGGUGUGAAUUGUGUUGGUGAGUAAGAAUUAACUUCUUUAUACAAACUGGUAUGUUGGGCUGUCGGUAUCAUAGCGGUACCUGCAUGAGCCUGUAGGGUUCGUCCCUGCAAGAAACAGUUGUAUGUUUAAAAAUUCCUCCUUAAUUGUAAGUUUGAAGAGUGGGUAUUAGUUUGAUUCUACCAAACAUCGCAUAUUUUCUCCUGGCACUCUUGAUUCUGCUAUUAACUGUCUUCGAAGGGUUGGUCCUCUCGUGCCUGGGGAUAGCAAGCCAUUUUAAAUAAAGUUACAGUUAAGUAGGUUAAAGCUGACCAAUAUUUGUAAUGAUUUACAUUUGGUUAUGGUCCAAAUUUGUUUUUUUUCUUAGACGUAAAUGAAUGCCUCGCGGGACCAUGUCACGUAAGAGGAAAUUGUACCAACACUCCAGGAUCUUACUACUGUAGCUGCGACGAAGGUUAUAUCUUGCGAAAUGGAGACGAGUGUAUUGGUAUGACUUAUGUUGUUAGCUUCUUGUCAGUAAAGUUGGGAAGAGCGCCAUAUAAUUAUAUAAACAAUAUCAACAAUAAAUUAUUAGAAAUUAUAAUCAGCAGCAAAAUAAGGGAGUAACCUUGGCAAUUAACCAAUAUCGUUCUUGUUCUCCACAUAAUCUAUUAACAGAAGCUUGAUAAACAGAAUUUUUUGUUUCAAAAAGAGUUACUCUGAACCUUAAACGAGGGUUUUCGUUUAGUCAUUGUUGUUGUUCUUUGUUAUUGUUGUUGAUUAAUAAUAAUAAAACCACUUUAUUUACCGAGGGUAACACAUAACAGUUCACAUUGAAAAACCUGUGGCCCUCCAACUCCUUAAAAAUACUAGAAUAUAAGUACAACUAUAUUAUAUGUAUGUAAGGUUUGAAAAGGUUAAAAAUGUAGAAAUUUACCAGUGUUUGAGAAAUAUGCAAGUAAACGUUUCCAGGAAUAAGAGGAAUCUGAUAAAGGUUUGCUUAAGCUAUUUUUGAAGGCUACUAUAGUCUCCUUCUUAAGUAUGUCAAUCGGAAUACUGUUCCACAACUUUGUGCUGCUAAUGUGAAAGAUUCGCCCAACUUCUGUUAACCGUACUCACCAUGCCUGGUUUUCUGGUAUGUAAUGCAGAGUUAUUAACUAUAGGAGCUGGUUAGGAGCAUCUCCUGUAAUACAUUUAUGUGCUGCAUAUAGGCUAUAUUCUUCUAUUAUACUGUUUAUUUUAGAUGUUGAUGAAUGCUUGACAAAUCCUUGCAAUAUAAACGCGGAAUGUAGCAAUGUACCAGGAUCAUUUGCUUGUAUUUGCCGCCCUGGAUACUCAGGAAAUGGAUUCGAUGAUUGUUCCGGUAAUAUUGUCGAAUGUUUAGUUCAAAUGAUCAUAUCUCCGCUUUACUGAUAAAAUUUUCUCCUUCCUCUCUACCGUUUUCGGGAGAUAUUUAAGACGAUUGUUAGUCAUAUGAAUUUCUUUAUGACACGAUAUUUCACAGUGAAGAGUGGCCAUUUAAAAUGGUUUAUACAUGCAUACAAAUCUUGAACCUGUGAGAUCUAUCGUAUUGGCCGAGGUGUGAACAUGGACUGCACUUGAGAAUUGCGCGCAUUGUAGUUGUCUAUCAAUCAUAGCUUGUCUCGCGCACAAUCAAUCGUGAUUCUUUCUCUUAACAGUUAUAUAAUUCAAUUUUGUUCAGAUAUCAACGAAUGUUUGGUAUCAAGUACAUGUCACAAAAAUGCAGAUUGUACAAAUACCAUUGGAAGUUAUGAGUGCCGUUGCAAACCAGGUUUUACCGGAAAUGGUCUCAGUUGUGUUGGUAAGGAAUUAAAUAGUAGACAUUAACUUUUCGUUGAUCAAGAUGGGCUAGAUGCGCCGUAUUAGGCAAAUUUUGCACAAAAUUAAUAAUACACUGGUCAUUGGGAAAUUGCAGUGUACUUACCAAAAACAAUCCACAAGACCCAGACUUUCACCAGUUGAGAGAGGCAAGGUGUAGCAAUAUAAAUGUGAUGUCCUAGCGAAGUUAUGCAAUGGAACACCUCAUAAACUGAAAUUUUGUAAACCGCCACUGCCUGUUAACGGACUUUUAUCUCAUCCACAAAUAUAUUUAGCAAGCUUUCCUUCAUCUUCUCUGAAAUGUCUACUACUCCAUAUCUUAUCUUUUCAUUCCUUAGUGUCUCUGUCCAGCUCUUCUUCAUCUCUUAUGACGUAUUGAUGCCAUCUCAGCUUUGGUUCUCUCACUUUCUCUGAAAUAUCUACCGCCCCACAUCUUCUUUUCAUCUCAUUUUGUCCUGCAGUGAAACCCAUGGCAUCCGUUUCAACAAUAUAUGAUAUGCUCAUAAUGUUUUUUUUAAAUAUGUUUUAUGAAAUAGUAUAGUUAACGUCUUUCACUGUUUAUUUUUCCUAGAUAUUAACGAAUGUUUAACAGUAAGCUGCCACGUGAAUGCCGAUUGUAACAAUUAUCCUGGCUCAUUCGCAUGUGUUUGUAAACCAGGAUAUAGUGGUGAUGGUCUAACAUGUGUCAGUAAGUGAAAUCAUUUCCCCAUGAUCUUGAAUAAUAUUGCCAUCAGAUUUAAUGAACAGUUGUAAUGAAAAUGUGAAGUCACAUCUUCAUACAAAAACAUAUCAUGAAAAAGGUCAAUAAGUAAAAAUAAUUGCUAGUACUACAUUAAUAGAGCUAUAAUAUUACAUAAUUUUCUCCUGUAUUAGUGAAAUAGUAGAGUAAUGGACGGCUGUAUUUGUGUUUUUAAGAUGUCAAUGAAUGUCUAACAAACCCUUGUCAUUCACUGGCUGUUUGCUUGGAUACUGAAGGAUCGUUUGAAUGUAGAUGCAGAACUGGCUACACAGGCGAUGGAUUCAGUUGUGCAGGUACGCAGCUGAUUCAACUUCCAUAUCAACUGCAACAAAUUUAAUGCACCUUGCGAUUCACUACCCUCAAAGUAAUUCCUAAUCCUUGCAAGUCCUACUCGUUAUUCUCCAACUGAUCAAUCCUUACUCUUAUCUUAACCAUAAUUCCUAAACUAAUCCCUUUUCAUUGCUUAGAGUCUUACCUCACCCAAAUGUAUAGCAACAGUUUCGUUGUACACAUCACAACUUCUUCAGAGCAUUUAAAUCUAUUUACAAAAGGAUGCUAUAUAUACGUACAAAUUGCUAAAACGGUUACAAAAUUCAUAUAAGCGAGUAAGCAGAGAGAGGAAAAAACACCCGUCAGUUGUUAGUAAUAAGUUAAUUACCUAUUACAUUGAUUAUAUUUUUAUUAGGUUAUAUUUAUAAAUAUUGAUCACAGAUAUUAGUACUAUCCCUCUGUUUUUGUUAGUUAAAACUUAAUAUGAAGAUAUUUCAGCAUUAUGCCUUGUUUAACAAUCCAUUAACUUUUUUUUAAAUUUACAAAUAGUUUAAUUCAGUAUUUUGUCGAAGAAAUACUUUCAAGCUCUAUUGUAAAUUAUUUAAUUCUUUUCCCUAGGAACACCGCUUGCAUUAUUACGUCUGCCAAUAAUUUUAACAGCUGUUGCUACCUUUCUUCUCCAGAUAUUAAUGAAUGUCUUUCACGUCCUUGCCAUGUUAACGGAAUUUGUUCCAACAGUCCAGGAUCGUACACGUGUACGUGUCAACAAGGAUAUGAUGGAGAUGGUCAAGUCAGAUGUGAUGGUAUGUAUUCUGUAUUUCUGUGUUAUCUUGAAGGACACACAAGAGUCACUUCCAGCCGCUAGUCCGCUACCCACUGUCGGAGUAAUGCUUUUGAGUGGAAACAAAGUGUUCUACAGUUAUAGCUAACCCGCGAUGUUUAUUAAAACGAAAUAUACAACAGCUGGUUAAUCGUCUUGUGGGACUUAUUACUAUAAAUAUAUAUACAGGUGUACAGCUAUUUCAAUUAAGGUUGUCCCCCGAGCAAAGCGGAAAAGUCGAAUACGAGCGCGAAAGGCUGCUGGGAAUCGCUAAUAAAUUCAUUCAUUUAUUAGCGAUUCCCAGCAGCAUUUCGCGCUCGUAUUCGACUUUUCCGCUUUGCUCAGGAGACAACCUUAAUUGAAAUAGCUGUAUAUAUUGAUUCCGUGAAUACGAAAUCUCAUUAUUUUAUAUACUGAUGCAACGAAUUGCUAACAUCUCAUAGUAUGGUAAUUAUAUUAAUUAUAGAAUCUUAACUAUUUUUUAUUGCUUUAUUCCUUUAGAUAUGAACGAAUGCCUGCGAAAUCCUUGUCAUGUGAAUGCAACUUGCACGAACUUCCCAGGUUCAUUCACAUGCAGAUGUAACGCUUUCUUCACUGGCGAUGGUUUCAAUUGCCAAGGUGGGUAGAGAAAUUUUGAUGUAGAGAAACUUUUGAUGUGCAAAACCUGUUCCAUGCAAGUAUUGAUGGAACGAUCAAUAUAAACCGUAUAUAUACUAAAGUAGAAAACGUAACGACUUCAACCUCAAUAUUCGAGGAAAACAAGAAGAGACGAGAUUUAAUAAAAAUAUUUCGUAUUUGUUAUUAUACAAAUCAAACAAUGAAUUUGUUAUACAAUAUAAUAUUAUUGUUGAAUUAGUCAUUUCUGAUUUUUCUUUGAGAUAUUUUUUUAUUUUAUGUUGUAUAGAUAUGUAAUUUUCAAUAAUUGAGUUGAGAUCCAUGAGACUGGAUUAAAGAUAUUUACGAAAAGGUUUUACAGCAAUUUUCAGCAAGACUAGCUGUAAAAAAGGAGAAUUUCAACUAAUUAUGCAUGUUCAAAUUAUUAUUAUUAUUAACAAUUAUUAAUAAAAAUUAUUAUUAUUACUAUGAUGAUCUCCUUGUUUUUUAGAUAUUAAUGAUUGUUUGACAUUCCCAUGCCACAUUCGAGCGAACUGUGUCAAUUAUGUUGGUGGCUUCGAUUGUGUAUGUAAGACUGGUUAUACUGGACCAGGUGUCUGGUGUAGAGGUAUGUUAUUAUUAUCUUAUGAAAUUCCUGGAUCCUGAAGAAUAUUUGCAUUCACAAUUUGAUUUUGGACAAUUUUGUCAUACUUCUGUUAACAUUUUAACCAUACUUACAGUGUACUAUACAAUAGAAUAUAUCUUGGUUGCCGGGCUAGGUAGCGAAAAGGUAUACAAUUGAUGGAUCUAAUUACAUGAAAAUUAAGAACAAACUUGGACGUUUCGAACAAAGGUCUUUCGUCUGGAAAUUAGUAGCUUCCAGUCGUGCCUUCGCUCGAAAUAUCCACGUUAGUGUGGCGGAUAUGUGCAUGGAUGUUUCCGAAGAGGGUUAAAAGCACCAAAUUGUGCACAGUAGCAUCUUUUUAUGAGUAGAACAACAUGCAAAAGUGGGGCCAUCGUGAAACCGUUUUUUUUAGAGAAAUACGAUGCUAUUAGCAUUAUUUGCUAUUAAAUUCUACUACAACAAAAAAUGUGAAAUUUUGAAUUCAAUCGCGACAAAUAUAACUUGCAUCACCAGAAAGCUUGUAAAAAACUACAUAAAAGACUUUUAAACAGUUUUUUAUUCUUCAAAUGGUUAUUGCUGUAAAUUAGGCAUAUUAUCUCGCUAAAAAUCCCUAAUUCAUUAUUCGAUGUUUGAAAAUGCGUUUUUACCAGUUUAUAAUUCGAAAACUAUUUCAGUAAUAAAAAAACUGUCUAAACGUCUUGUCUUAUAUGCAGUUUUUUAUCAGCUUUCUGAUGAUGCAAGUCAUAUUUGUUGUAAUUGAAUACAAAAUUUCACAUUUUUUGGCUAUAAUAGAAUUCAAUAGAAGAUAAUCACUAAUCACCCGUUUUCAGGAGUUAGCAGCAAAAUAGCGAUGGCCCCACUUCAAAUAUCUAUUAAGCAAAUAAAACUACAUCAAUUGUAAAAGUUUGAUUCUUUUAACCUCAACGGGAACUACUGAUCAAUAAUUUUACACAUAUCCGCCUCACUACGUUCUCAAUAACAACAGAAUACAAUGCAAAACAUUUUGACUCAAAAAACCUUGAGUAAAAUUAUGCACCCACAGUAAUGUGUACAAGCAGUUCUGGUGAUUAGCCAUGAAAUAUUAAAAAACAUUAAUUUGGAAAAAAAAACAUCGUUGGUAUAUGUAUACUUAGAGUAUGAUCACACGCACUUAGCCAAUCAGAACUCAGUAUCUCAGGGGUCUAUAUUCCAUUAGUGGCCAUCUAAUUCUGGGGCGUCUAUAUCCCACUAAACACACGUGAUCAUUGUCUAUCCUAUAUACAGUACUUACUGUGUUUUGUAUAUAGAAGAAUCAACUGCAUGCAAUAUAUGUAGCAAUAUUUAGAUGUAGUGCAAAAUUCAGGAAAUAAAACUGGUGCCUUCACCAAGACAUGCUGCUAAACGUUGAGUAAAAAGGGAUUAAUUACCUUCAAAUAUAUAAAGCAGCGUGCAAAAUGUAUGCAUAUAUUAAUAAUUGAUUAACAAUUAUAUGAGUAAUAUAUAAAGUAUGAGCAGCCAAUGUAUCUGAAAUACACGGCGAGGCAAAGCCAAUCGUACAAGAGUAUUCAAGAAAUCAAAUUCACCAACUAUUUUGGCGACAUUUUAGCCGAGAAAGUCGAAGUUAAAAUUAUGUAAAUCAGGACGAAAUCUACAUCCGAUUUACAGAUAUUGAUUAAACAUGCAGUUCUUUUGAAUUUUCCUCAUGAUUUAUUAAUGACUAUUUUAAAUUCUGUUUUAGAUAUCGACGAGUGUGUUGAACGGUUUAAUAACCCGCCAUGUACAGACUUGGCACUCUGCACAGAUUUGGAAGGUUCAUUCAGGUGUGGUUGCCGAGAGGGGUACACUGGAAACGGAACAAUUUGCAAUGGUGAGAAUUCAAUUUUAACUGAAUUGGAAAACGUGUUGCUAUUAUAAUGACAAUAACGACUUGUGGUGUACGAUAUACAGGGUAUCAUAAAAAACACGCUAUGGAAAUUCAACAGGCUAUCGUGCAUCAUAAACGUGGCUAAAUAAUUCAAUGUUUACAUAGGACGAAAGAACAGUUAUUUAGCUUUUCAAUGAUACUCUUUUUAAAUCGUAACGAUGAGAAAUGGCCAGAUACUCGUCAAAUAAAAAUUGCCGGUCGAAAUCACAUUCUUCCACCGUUAGGAAUUGCAUGGAAAACGAAACAUAAACAAUUCCCAAGAGGGAAUUAAAAUUGAAUGUUAAAUUAUCUAAAAUAAGCUCAACUCGUCAAUCUUCGUCUUAGUGAGACCAUAAGACCGUCCAUUAUUGCAUUAAACAUGGUUCAAUUAACCCCUGAACAGAAAACAUUCGUAAUCAAAACGUUUUACGAAACAAGUACCUUGCAGCAGACUCGCGGUGCUUUUGGAUUGAUUAACUUUGCAUAAUUAAUGUAUUCUCAAUUCCCAACGGUGGAAGAAUGUGAUUUCGACCGAAUUUUUUUAUUUGACGAGUAUGUGGCCAUUUCUCAUUGUUACGGUUUAAGAAAUAUAUCAUAGAAAAGCUAAAUAACAGCUCUUUUGUCCUAUGUAAAAAUUGAAUUGUUUAGUUAAGUUUGUGAUGCACAACAGCCUGUUGAAUUUCCAUAGCGUUUUUUUUUAGACACCCUGUACAACAACAAAUCCAAAAGAUGACUUAAUUUAUAGACUAAUUUAUUUUCAUAUCAAGACCACGAUACGUUUCUAAUGUUGUUUACGUUUCCUUUCAAUAUUAUCAAUGAGUUUAUGAAUAUAUUUAACAUUUUACUUCUUAAUUCAUCUUUAUUAGAUAUUGACGAAUGUGCAAGUCAGCCAUGUCAUAUUCAUGCCAACUGCAUAAACGCUCCUGGAGCUCAUCAAUGUGUUUGUAAAGACGGCUUCGUUGGCGAUGGAUUGUCCUGUAUCGGUAAGUCAUGAUCAUUUCCUUAAAGCACUGGGUCUAGUAUUAAUAAACUACAGGAUUCCUGAUAUAAAACUAUUCAUUUCUUUCGUUAUAGGAGCUGGUGCGUGCCCGGAUCCCAGUGUCUGUGAUGUAAAUGCUGUGUGCGCAUACUCAAACAACCAAACGUUCUGUAGCUGCAAGGCAGGUUUCUCUGGAGAUGGAAACACCUGUGUUGGUUGGUAUUUUGUUCAAAUACCUUGACGAUCAUUUCCUUUUAAUUGUUCCUAAAAUUAAAAAUUCAGUAAUGAAUCCCGAUGUAUUAUGCUGAAGUUCAUAUUCAACACGUCACUAUUUUAUACGUCCAUAAUAUUGAUCGAAUAUUAUACAAGUCUUGAACAGUUUUCGCCAAUGUCAACAAUCAUAGAGCAUUUUAAAUGUAAAAUAUUAGUAGAUGUAUAUAGUACACGUAACGUAUAUGGCUUGUGUCGAAUAAGUACAUUAUGUUCAAUGAAAGCAUAUUACGAGUUAUUCCCGGUUCUAAAUUAUUUCCACUUUCAGCAUUGUUUGUAAUUUCAUUUUUUCGUUGACUUUCAAUCUGAAUAGUUGGCAUGAUUGGUUCAGGUCUGAGAUAUUUUUAUCUUCACAGAUGUGGACGAAUGUUUAACUAAGCCUUGUCAUGAAUUGGCCUCCUGUAUAAACACUAUUGGUUCUUAUGUAUGUCGUUGUCCCACUGGUUUCACUGGGAGUGGGAAACAGUGCCUUGGUAAUGUAUUGUAUUGGACCUAAAUCCUUUUUAGGAUGUAUAGACUUGUGUACUAUAGGGCAUUGUAUACUAUAGGGCAUACUAUAGGGCAUUGUGUACUAUAGGGCAUUGUGUACUAUAGGGCAUUGUGUACUAUAGGGCAUUGUGUACUAUAGGGCAUUGUGUACUAUAGGGCAUUGUGUACUAUAGGGCAUUGUGUAUUACAAGGCAUUGUGUACUAUAGGGCAUUGUGUACUAUAAGGCAUUGUGUACUAUAGGGCAUUGUGCACUAUACAGUGCAUUGUGUACUACAGGGCAUUGUGUACCAUAGAGCACUGUGUACUAUAGGGCAUUCUGUACUAUAGAAUUAUUUUCAUGAACUCUUAUUCGCAAUUUUUAUUUGUACAAAAACUUGGUGUUGUAUGUGAAUGCUCCAAGCCAUGCAUUAAAUCUGCACUCCCCCUAUUCCUAUCUCGAGGUUAACAACUUUUUAUGCAAGCUUGCUUUUGAAAGAUGUUCAUACAAAUGUCUUUUUCCUCUCAGAUAUCAAUGAAUGUGCUGCGUUACCUUGCCCAUCUGGAAGUAUUUGUACCAACAGUCCAGGAUCGUAUCGUUGUUCGUGUCCCGUUGGUUUCCUGUAUGACUUUGGUCUUGGAAGAUGUACCGGUCAGUAUUUCUUUUACUUUAAUUCAGCUUACGGCUGCAAUGUUAUCGUGAAUAAACUAGUAACUAUUCUUUUUAUAUAAGCCAAAUAUUUCCUUGCCUUGGCCGCCGGCAAUAUACUGUACAUUUGCAAUUGAGUUCGUUAUCAUUUUGAAGACCAUUGAGUAUUGAUAUUGCGUAUUUUCAUAUUACUAGAGACAACGAGGGUGACACAAUUACUAUAAGGCUUUUUUAGAUUAUUAAUCUUUUAUAAACUUGGCAAACGACUAACUCGAGAAACUUCAUAACUUCUUUCAGCAGCCAGGGCUGGUUUCAUUAAUUUAGUAAUAAUAUGUUCUGAAAUAAAUUAAUUGAUUGCAAGACAUUUACCAUUAUAUAGUAUUGCAUGAUGCAUGUAAUGCUUUUCACAUUCAAUACUAGAUAUGAAUGAAUGCUCCAACAAUCCGUGCAGACUUGGAACGACUUGUGUGAAUACUCUGGGAAGCUAUCAUUGUGAUCCUAUUGAAAGAUGUCCAUGUGGUGAUAUCAGAAUUAAUUCUGUCUGUGUCAGUAAGUGAGAAUUUAUUGAUGUUGACUAAUAGGAUAUACACAAUACUGGUCCGUGCGGCUCGUUUACCUAAUUUAUUAUUUACAAAAAUAAAUCCCCACAGAGUUUAUCUUUUCUUUGCGAGGUCCCUGAAUAACUGAAUUACUAUUAGAUCAACUGCAGGACAAAGAACAUUCCAUUACAGAACUGUCACUCUCUGGAACAACAUUAACCCUGACUUAAAACUUUGCAAAUCUUUUCCAAGCUUUAAAAUUAAACUGAAACGGGAACUGCUUCAGCAAUUUCUAGAUAGUGAAGAGCAUUUUUUUCUUUUGUUAAUCAGUAAGCGUUGUUGUCAUUGUCGUUGUUAUUGUCCUUGAUGUUGUUGUUUUUGCUGUCGUUGUUGAUGACGUUGACGUAUGUUGUAUGUUGCUGUUGUUAAUAAUGUUGCUGUCAAGAAUUGAUGUCGUGUUUGUGUAGAAAGUAAUUGCGUAAUCCCAUUAUAUAAAUUUAGGAUCUAAUGUAUAAUUAUAGUAAUUAAUUGAUAUGUAUGUGUAUUUUUGUCACUGAAAAACCCCUUUAUAGGGGAGUGUCAAUAAAGUCAAUAAAAGAAAGUCAAUUACAAACUAAAGUGUAAACGCUAUAAUAACACAUUUUAUCAAAAUUUUAUGCAUCCGUUCCACAAUGAUAACUUUCUACAAGACAGUUUACAUGUGAACUGAGAAAUUAAGUUAAUAUCCCAAAGGUGUGAUGGUAAGUGCUGUAACUCGUACAUAUAUAUUUUACACAAGAAAAAAACAUUUUCUUCUUACGUUUUCAUUAGAACCAUUCCGAUAUCAUGUUUGUGUGGUGUUCGCUCAAGGUGCGGUGUACUCACCCGCUCUUCUUAGUAAUACUUCUGAUGAGUACAAAUCACUCGAAGCAAAUCUUACUGCUGAGGUAAGUAUUUUUCCAAGGAGCGCCUUGGGUAAAUAUUUCAAUCAGUCGAUCCAUCUCACCCAAAGUGCACCUAAAGUACACGAAAGACUGCAUGUUUCCAUUCAAAAAAUUCAAUCCAAAUUAAAAUUUUUUGUACUUCCAUUUUAGCUGAAUUACGUUUACUGGAAUUCGGCAGUGAAAAAUUACUUCAUUGGAACAACGGUUUCUAGGUUCAGGUAAGGAUGAUAUUUGAUUGCACAACAGAACAAUUAAGUUAUUGUCAAGAUGUUGCUCUGUGUGUCCACAUCGGAUAAGCUGAAAAGUUGGGAAUCGAACCCGCGACCUUUGGUUUGCUAGUCCAAUGCUCUACCAACUGAACAACAAAGGUCAAGACAGCAAACCAAACGUCGCGAUUCCCACCACGAUCAAGCAAACUAUUCAGCUUGCCCGGAGCGGACACACUUAGAACAACAAAGGUCAAGACAGCAAACCGAACGUCGCGAUUCCCACCACGAUCAAGCAAACUAUUCAGCUUGCCCGGAGCGGACACACUUAGAACAACAAAGGUCAAGACAGCAAACCAAACGUCGCGAUUCCCACCACGAUCAAGCAAACUAUUCAGCUUGCCCGGUGCGGACACACUUAGAACAACAUCACAGACACAUAUCUUUCACCUGAGUGCACAACGCCAGAUACAAAAAUUCAAGAACGAUUUAGGUUUUCUGUGUUUGAACAAAAUACAUGUACAUUGAUUAUAGGUCAUUAUAUACCACUUGAAAAACAUCCACUAACCCUAGACAAAUUAAAGUGCCUAUGUCAUGAUUUGUGUAAUUUUAUUAUUUGUAAUCAUUAGAAUAUUUUAUGAAGAAAUGCAAUAUAUCUUUAAAAGAAAAUAUUCCAUCUUCACAGGAUUAUCAGGCCUCAAAGUUACCGGAUAUGACAUCAAACCGGGAAUUGCAAAUUAGAUUUCUUUUGAUUCUAGCGUAUAAAAUUCCCGAUUUGAUGUCAUAUCCGGUAACUUUGAGGGCUGAUAAUCCUAUGAAGAUGGUAUAUUUUCUUAUAAAGAUAUAUUGCAUUUCUUCAUAAAAUGCACCAAAGAUAAAAUAUAUUUAAAAUCCCAAAUCAUGACAUACAGUAGGCACUUUAAGCACAAUCCAUCCCAGUUUUAAUAUGGAAUCAGUAAUGCUUAUAAGCUCCAUUCCUUAUACAGACAGAUAUGAUUAUAUUUUUGUCAUUGUUUUAGUUCCGAGGUGUACAAUAGCAGAACGGUAUUGAAAUCCUGCUUUAUUGUCUAUCAUUACAUCAAUACUACUGGACUGACUGCUGAUAAAUUGUCAGAUGCUAUUGAAGAUUCAUCUACACCUACUAGUAAUCCCAAUGAACUUCAAUUUGGAAAAGAGGAUAGCUUUGUGAUCGUGCAAGAUAGAAUAACGUCUUCAGGUGCAGCAGCUUAAUACAAUUUCAAAACAUGAUUACGAAUCCAAAAUUCGUUUUUCUAAAAUAUGACUAAACGAUUAACAUUGCCCCUUCUAGAUAUCAAUGAAUGCGUCGCACAGACAUGCAGCCCAUGUCAUCAACUUGCUAACUGCAGUAACCUACCUGGUACCUAUAACUGCAGUUGUCACGACGGUUUCCAAGGCGAUGGCGUCAUUUCCUGUCAAGGUGGGUAAUCCAUCCGAUUAGACGGCGAGCUUGUUCUGGGAAGAAAAAUUAGGCAAUCUUUUUUACUGUCACUUGUUUCUUUCUGUUAUCUUUGUCAAACUAUUUGGAACUUUUUUAAUAUGUUUAAGAAUAGAAAACAUUUAAGAAAAAUAUAAAAUAUGUUUCACGACAAACUGAGUAAUUUUAAAUAUGAAAACCGAUCUGUAUUUGAGAACUAGUCCCAGCCUUUUUCCGCUUUACCAGAUCUGGCACAUGUGGUAUUAUUAACGGGAAAUGGUGUUAUUAUGUCCGGAUCAAUGUAUAUGUGGUGCUUUUUCAUUUAUCAUAUAUGACAUUUAAAGUAGCUAAUACAUAUAAUUAAUAUAUAAUUAUACGCAGAGCGCAUUAACAUUUUACAUACGUAGGCGUUUGCAGGAUUCAAGUCUAAAAUUCCUCUAAAUGUUUUUAAUCGGAUAACAUAGUUAAUAGAACAUAGUGUCGAAGCAUUUCCACACAAUUUCUCCUCAAAAUCAUCAACGCUAAUUCAGUUUGUAUUUGAUUUAUUAAGAUAUUAACGAAUGUGCAAGCAACCCAUGUCCAGUUGAUUCCUCGUGUGUAAACACAAUUGGAUCGUUUGAUUGUCAGUGUAGCAGGACAGGGUUUACUUACAAUGGUCAAUCAUGUCAAGGUAUGGAAUGUUUAAACAAUGUUUUUUUGUAUAAGCAAUUGAAUUGCUCGAGAGGUUUUCUACAAGUCGGCAUGAUGAAAACUUUAGAUCUCUCUUGACAACUGUUUUGUCAAUAAUAUAGGGAAAAUGAAUAAUUAGAUCAAUGUUGAAUACAUUAUUCUCAUCAAAAAUAUUUAGUGUUUACACCAUUCAUGCAUGAUUUCAAAGUUUAUAAACAAACAAAUUUUCGUCCACUAGCCUAGAAAAAGGUUUUUCACAUAAGUUGAAAUACCUUGCACCAAAUUACUAUUUUGCUUGGCACUGUAUUACCAUAAAAUAAAUCACAAUUAAGAACGCUUUCAUGUAGGCCUAUAUUAUUAACAUACAAAUGAUUUAGUUCUAAUAAUCAUAUAUAGUUAUCAGAGCUAUCAAAACAGAAACAAUUAAUUAAAUAUAAUUAGACAAAUAUAUUAAUAAUAUUAAUGGUAUAUAUUUUAUAUUCCUUCAAUUCAGAUAUUGAUGAGUGCAUCUCUGCUAACCGAUGUCCGUUUGGAUUUACCUGCGAGAACAAUCCGGGAUCACAUAAAUGCUUAGGUGAGUGUUGGGUUUUAGCUACUUACCUCACACAUACAAUCAAUGAAUAGCAUUGCUCACCCCAUUGUCUUGUUGCAUGGCCUUUUUAAACUGAUUUAUAUUCCCCAAAUUUCAAACGAAAUUUAUUUAUUCAAACAUUCCUAAUCCUUGCAAUCCUAAUUCCAAUCCUAAGCGUAAUCCGAGAUUUUACCCUAAUCCUAACAUAAUACUAACCUUAACCCUUAUCGUAACUAGUGUUCCCUAAUUUACGCUGAAACCUUAUUAUAGUAUUUCCUAAUAUACCCUAAAACAUAUUAUGUCGUCAUUUCCGAACAUUUAUAACGAAAAAACUGCGGAUUCAUAAAGUGGUUAAACACUGCGAUUAUGGUCAUUCCUAUAGCGAACAGUUAUUUCAAAGUAAGGUAUUCGUGUAAACCCAUCAUCGUGUUUGAAGUGGAAAAUUGUCGAUACAUUCGACCAAAAUGAAAUACUUAUACGAUUCUCAUUUACCCAUGCAAGAAUGUUUCAGGAAUACUUACGUUUUCUUAUAGGCCGAUGUAUACGAGCUAUUGAUAUGGCAUUCGCGGUCGACACAUCUGGCUCAAUUCGUUUGCCAAAUUUCAAUCUAAUAAAAGAAUUCUUGUACCAGGUCGUUCGUGAUCAUGAUGUUGGAGAGGACUUUGCUCACUUCGCUGUCAUUCAUUUUAGUACCAAUGCUACAGUACUGUUUAAUUUCAACAGACUCCGAAACGCAGAGCUAACAGCAACAAAUGUAAACAGUUUAAUUAACAUGUUACCAUACGAUGGUGGUGAGACCAGUAUUGAUCUGGCAUUAGUUAGGGCUCGUGACCACAUCUUUACAGACGCUGGUGGUUGGAGAAGCGCACAGAACAUACCUAAAGUAAGUGUGGUAAAAUACUGAUCCCUUAUUUUGUGUGUGUGUUUUGAUGUUAUGUACUCAGGUGAAUAUAAUGUUUUUGAUGUUUGUGAUGUUACUCUGAGUGUGUAUCCAACCGGGCAAACUUGAAAAAUAUGCCUGGCCACGGUGGGAAUCGAACCUACGACCUUAAAAUAAUCUCCAACAUUUUCCAAAUAGCUUUUGAAACAUUAAUCUUAAAUUAUUUAUUACAUUGUCUUGAACUAUAUGUAAUAUGAGAUUACGUGAUAAAUAAGGGAUAAGUAUAAUGUUUUUGAUGUUACUCUGAGUGCAUAUCCACACCGGGCAGGCUGAAAAGUUAGCCUGACCACGGUGGGAAACGAUUCCCUGUUGUAACAGUUCCGCGCGCUACUACGACAUGUGAUUAAGGCUAUAAACCACGCUUGAAAAGUUAUUCACUUAAUAAGCAUGCCUUAUAGCGUUUGUCUUUGAAACUCUGCACUAUCCUUGGAUCCCUAGUUUAUAUACCCAGAAGAACGAAAAUAAAAAUUCUUUCACGUUUGAUUGAUGGACCUUUCGUCUUCCAUGCUGCUUACGUUCAAUUGAAGAGUAUUUGUAUCCUUAUACAAAUCUCAUCCAUCUCAUUCCAAGUUGUUUAACUAAAACCUCACUGACAGUUUUUUUCUAUUAAUAUACGGUACUACACCAUACUGGAACCCAUACAAUACAUUUAUUUUACAAUCGAAAUUCGCACCUCUUUCUUCAGGUGCUUGUUGUCAUUACUGAUGGCAGGCAAACAUCAGGUGGCAAUCUUACCCAACUUGCUGCAAAUCUGAAGAGCAAAGGAGUUGUUAUAAUAACUGUUGGUAUUGGAAGCCAAGUAGUACGUGAUGAAUUAGUCCAGAUCGCCCAAGGUGCUGCUGAAAAUGUUAUCGAAAUUGAUGAUUUUGCUCUGCUUAAGAACAAGACAGACACUUUGAUCGAACGGUCGUGCCGAG